GCCGCAGGGAGCCAGGGCACGGCGCUGCCGCGGUCCGCGCCUCCCCCAGUCCCCAUGGUUACAGCUCCUGCUUCCCGGCCGGUCCUUCAUUCCCCUGGCUGCUGCUGCAGAAAUCAGGCGUGCAGGCGGCUGGCGUCCCCCAACCCAGAGCUGGAAACUGCCUGCAGAGAGCGCAUUGGAUGCCUGCUCUUCUCGGCUCUGACUCACUCCCUCCGGGUGCAGAGCUCCGUCCCCAGCGCAGUGCUCUGACCACAGCCAGUCGCCAGGCUGCAGCGCUGCAAUCUGUUGAUAACUCCACUCACAAGCUCCAGUCGAAUGCCUUCCGUCAUAGAAAGCUGUUCCCUAGCACGAGGGACAUGCCACAUCUCGCCUAUGAGAAGCGUGAGACCUGUGCCUCUCCUGCUGCCUUUACCAAAAUAGGUGGGUCAGCCUGCAGAUCCUCAGCCAUCCUGUCACAGUCACUCUGAGGUCGCCUUCUCAGGAGCUCCACGGGGACUGCUGUUUGGGACUUGACCUUCCAAACGGCCAUGGAGGCUAGAGGGGAGAAGGGCGCAACAUAGUGGUCGCAGCCAGCAACCCCACCGGUGCGCUUGCCUCUCUAACUCUGCAGGGCUCAUGGUCUAAAUGACUAGAUAUAUCUCAGAGCUACCUUCCUGUCAGGUAGAGCUAUUACCAUCUACUCAACAUUCCCCUUAAACGAUCCACACUGAAAAAGUAACCAGCAGCCUAGAAGGAAGUCCCCAUAGUACUCUUCAAAAUGCCUUUCUUUAUGAUUUCACCAUCCCAUGUAUCCCCCCUAAAAAGAAAAUCACAGCGGACUCUAUUCACGGAACAUCCAGUUGGUGUUUUGAGCAAAUGAGUGACUUACCUUCUGCUUUUCCCACGGAAGGCUGAUGGAUCAAUAAAGCCCAGUUAUCACUGAAAAGACAGGCAAGAAAAUGCAUCAGGCUCUAGCGAAACCAGUCUGGGCUGGCACAGAACCAGAAAAGGAAACAGAACCAAGAAGAACAAGACAAGCAACCAAGCCGAGCACGGUGACUCACAGGGGUGAUUCCAGCACUUGUGCGACUGAGACAGCUACAGAGUGAGAGACCCUGUCACAAAACAAACUAAAACAAAACCACAGACGCAGAUGAGGAAGACUGCCCCGGACAACUAAGUAGGAGGAAGAACCGAGGCUGAGGAGAUGACCCAGUGGGAUUUGAAGACUGUCCUCUCCCUGCCCCAGUACCCAGGGGAGUUCCUGCACCCCGUGGUGUAUGCCUGCACUGCAGUCAUGCUCCUGUGCCUCCUUGCCUCCGUCAUCACUUACAUCCUGCACCAGAGUGCCAUCCGGAUCAGCCGGAAAGGCCGGCACGCGCUCCUCAACUUCUGCUUCCACGCAGCUCUGACCUUCACCGUGUUUGCCGGCGGCAUCAAUCGUACCAAGCACCCCAUCCUAUGCCAAGCGGUGGGCAUUGCACUGCACUAUUCUACGCUUUCUACCAUGCUGUGGAUCGGAGUGACUGCCAGGAACAUCUACAAACAGGUGACCAAGAAGGCCCUGCCAUGCCCAGGUGCAGACCAGCCACCGUACCCCAAGCAGCCCUUGCUCAGGUUCUACCUCAUCAGCGGAGGGGUCCCUUUUAUCAUCUGUGGGGUCACAGCUGCCACAAACAUCAGAAAUUAUGGGACCGAGGAUGAAGACAUAGCAUACUGCUGGAUGGCCUGGGAACCCAGCUUGGGUGCAUUCUAUGGGCCAGCUGCCUUCAUUGCCCUGGUCACCUGUGUAUACUUCCUCUGCACCUAUGUGCAACUGCGGCGUCACCCAGAGCGCAGGUAUGAGCUCAGAGAGCGCACUGAGGAGCAGCAGCGGCUGGCAGUGCCAGAGAGCGGCCAUCGCCAUGGGAUGCGUCCCGGCACACCACCCACCUGUGACGCCCUGGCUGCCUCACAGCUGCAGAACGAGCAUUCCUUCAAGGCCCAGCUGCGUGCUGCCGCCUUCACAUUGUUCCUGUUCACAGCCACAUGGACGUUUGGGGCCCUGGCCGUGUCUCAGGGCCACUUCCUGGACAUGAUCUUCAGCUGUCUGUACGGCGCCUUCUGUGUGACGCUGGGACUCUUUGUACUUAUCCACCACUGCGCCAAGCGGGAGGAUGUGUGGCAGUGCUGGUGGUCAUGCUGCCCCUCUCGGGGAGAUACCUCCGCCACCAAGCCCAGUGCCCACCCGACGCUCGAUGCCAAUGGGGAUGCACUGGGUCAUACAGCCUGCCUGCAGGACUCACCAUGCCCUGGAAAACUCAGGGGCUUUGGCCAUCCACCAGCCAGCCACUGCAAGAUGACCAACCUGCAGGCUGCCCAGGGCCAUGUCAGCUGUCUGUCCCCUGCCACCCCUUGCUGCGCCAAGAUGCACUGUGAGCAACUAAUGGAGGAGGAGGCCCACAUGCACAUGGCUGACGAGGACCCCUUCCCGCACGAUCACCACCUGCACGACCCUCAUCUGCACAGGUGCCUCAAGGGCAGAACUAAGCCCCACUACUUCAGCCGGCACCAGGCAGCCGCGGCUGAGAGGGAGUACGCCUACCACAUCCCCUCCAGCCUGGAUGGCAGCCCCCACAGCUCGCGCACAGACAGCCCUCCCAGCUCUCUUGAGGGCCCAGUGGGGGUGCAUACAUUGGCCUGCUGUGCCCAGGUCGAUCCCUUCCCCAUGGUCAGCCAGCCUGAGGGUGGAGACACGAGCCCCGGGCUCUAUGGCUGUCCUCCACGGCUGUCCCCAGGCCCUGCCCACUUGGAGAUGUUACGGAGGACACAGUCCCUGCCUUUUGGGGGUCCCAGCCAGAAUGGGCUGCUCCAGGGUGAUGUGCGAGAAGGCCUGCCAUUUGGCACUGAUGGGACAGGGAACAUCCGAACAGGACCCUGGAAAAACGAAACUACAGUGUAGCCAGGUUGGGAACGCAACUCCCUCACCAGUGCCACCAUAUGUCCCUGGAGGAGCUUCAUCAGAGCAGAGAGUGGCACUCUGCUGUGUGAGGUUAAUGGGCUGGGAGGGUCAUCAAGUGACCAAGUGGUUUAGAAGUGGUUCACGGCCCUCAGCCAUGCUCUCUUUUAUUGUGAAAGACCCAUCAGGAGAACACCGGGUCACAGACACCUCCACUGGUUCCAAGGCUGGAGGUAACUCUCCCCAAGCUUGUCACCUGCUUUCUGUUUAUCGCACCUUCCCUUGCUGCUGGGAGGGAAGCUGGGGGAUCUCCGCAGAGACUCCAGCUGGUGUUCCUGCCUUUGGUAUAUGUGUGUUAGGUUUUAUGCUCACACUGGGCAGUUUCCUGUCCCCUGCUGUCCUUGUGUUACCUCACACCUGCAUCUUCACUGGGGACCACCUGGCACCAUUGCCUGCUCACCACCUGCACCCAUAUGGGACAUGGCCCUGGCCUGAUAGCCUGGGGUCGUCUUGGGUGCUAAGAAUGGGUCUGCUGUGGAGCUGUGGGGAGAGGAAGCAGCCAGUGGCUGUGGUCUUCAGAGAGCUGGCUACAGUCUCUCUGAGCCUAUGCUUUUGAAAAGAUGCCCAAACACUUUUUGAUGGAGACCUGGCUUUGAAAGUCAGCCACUGUCAGACUGGAUUCUGUUCCAAUGUGAGCAUGUAGUAAUCAAGUUCUCUGUCCCACAAGGAGGGGCUAACUGGGGUGUGAUGGUCAUCACAGAUGGAAGCUUCUUUUCCUUUUUUUGUUGUUUUCAUGAACAUUUGGGUACAAAGCCCCACCUCAAAGAAUAGAUGUCAACAAUGAGCCUUUUGUAAAAGCAAAUGUCUUGCCCUAGGGGAGGUCCUCACAGAGGUGAGAGCCCAUGUGUCCAGAGAUGCCAACCUAUGAGGCUGUCCACCUUUCCUCUUUCUCUUCCCAAUUGGUGGUUCAUAUGCAUAUACAUACGCACACAUACACACAAACACACACACACACACACACACACACACACACCAUACACACCACAUAUUCAUACACAUGGAUGUACACCUCAUAUGGUAAACACACAUGCUUAUACACAUUUACAGUUACACCAUGCACACCACAGACAUGUGCAUCCACACACCUGCUCACCACAUACAUGCAUGUGCACGUGCCUGCACACCACCACACAUGCAUACAUACUGCAAUGCCCACAUAUAGACAUACUGGUGUUCGUAUGCACCCACAAAUAAUUAGUGUAUUCAUAGCCCUGAGCACUGGGUUUCUUUGCAGGAAGACCAGGAGACCGUGGAUUUGGGUCCUUGGUGGGGGUACCACACAGCAGCAAUAGACAUGUUGGGGAACACGUGGAAGAGCCAACAGUAUAAAUCACACCAGGAAGAAGGACCAGAGACCCACAAUCCCUCUUAAAAGCCUGUCCAAGGACUUAAAGCCUUCUCAUCCCACAAGGACCCCUCCUAAAGGGGCAUAGCAGCCCCCCAACAGCACAUCUUGGGAAAUAAGCCUUGACACAUGGAGUUUAAGGCAGACCUAUCCAAACCACCGCAAGAACACAGCAGCAAGACACCCAGAAGGCAGGCCCUUCCCUGACAGUCGACGUCCUUGGCCUGUCCUUAGUCCAGAUCCACCUGCCUGGGAGAAGGAGAGUGAAAAGAGCUGACUCACCAGGGAGAACGGGAGGAGGCCUCAUGCCCGUGACUUGGUGUAGAGAGGAUUCCUGGCCCUGGCCCAAACACAUAGCCCUGUGUACCAAGACUCCCAGAAAGAGGCAGUCUAGUGGGUUGUUGUGGGGAAGUGUUCAGAGAGGAUGCCAGCAGGACAAGGGGACAUGGCCUGCAUGUGGAAGGAUGAGUGUUACCAUCAGCGUUCACCUCUCUGUACCCUGGAAUGGUGAGGUUCUCCACUAGUGCACUCGGGAAGCCCCUAGGAACUACUGGAUAGGUAAAUACCGUGUGGUCUUCGUAUUGUGGGAAAGAGGGAGUCCAGCCAGGGCUUUGGGGAGCUGAGCCUGGAGUCUCUAAAUCGUCAUCAUCUGCAUCAUCAUGGACGAUGUCUUGGGAGGGGACCCGGGACAGAGGCUAUUUCAGGUAGGUGACCCAGGGUGGGAGGCAGAUGAGGGAGAGGGCUUCUAGACAAGGACAUGAUAUCAUUACAGUUUGGGUGAUUCAAUCAUGCAAGGCCAGUCACCUGCAUCAGAUGGUCUUGUUCAAAAUCUACCCAGUGUCACUUUCUCACAGCCUGGGAGGAAAGAUGGCGGUCAGGACUACCACAGUGAUGGAAAGCAGCAAUCCGGCUCUGAACACUCAGUGUGAGGAGAAAGUGAGGCCCCAGAGCAGGAGCCCAGAGUCGUCAGAAUGUACCCUCUAUGCUGGUCACCAGGAUUAGAAGUGGGAAGGCUCAAACUUAACCAAGUCAAAUUUCCUCCAGCAAGGUUGAUGGAAAUCGGGUUCUGUGUCGAGUGUCUUGGUGACUUGAGUCAUUUGGUGGUACAUGACCGCAGGUAGCCUCAGCAGCUCCCCUGAGCUGGGAGGAGACAUGGGCUGCAGAAGAUGAGGCUAACGAGAAAAGCCCUCUUGGGGGCAGGUGAAACCAGCGAAGACAGGUAUUCAAACUCGCCCUGUCUUCUGGUCUCACUGAUGCCCACCAUCUCACAUCCAUUCCGCUUGCACUCCAUAACCCUCCAAUCCCACUCAUGUUCCCCACAGAAUCCCACUCCUCCGGUAGAACUGGGAGGAGGGAAUAUAAAGAGGGCUGAUCUAGGCUGCAAAGACACUGGGAAUCUGGGAACAAACCCAUCCCUUUUUAUGGUGGUGCAGCCACACAUCAAACCCAUCACAUUGAACAGUUUCCCACAUUCAGUUCAUGUGUGUCACUUACCCCUAUAAAAACCAUCUGGCACAUGGCAUCAAAAAAACAGGAGAUGGGAAAUAAAAAGCUUCUGUAUAGAAAAAAAGAGGAAGAAGAAGAAUGAGGAGGAGGAGGAAAAGGAGAAAGAGAAGAAGAAGGAGACGAUAGAGAGGAAUGAGCAAAGGACCACACCUUGGCUCAGGCAUUCAGAGUAAGCCUUCAAAACCUACCUGAGAUACUGGGGGUAACCACAGGACUAUGGGUAUGUCUUGGCAUAAUGAUCACCCUGGAAGCAGAAUCAAGACCAUGAGUAUUUUUUGAGACCUAGGCCUCGGACAUGCUCAGGGUGCCUGGUCUCAUAAUGACACCUAAGCCUCUAGGCCUGCUGAACCCACUGCGGCACUGGCUAACAAGCCACUCACCCUACAUGUCCUUAGACACAGCAUCUCCUGCCCUGCAUGGGAGGGACGUCCACAUACACACAGAUUCACGGAAUGAGAGGAGAGGGAGAGGGCAGUAAGACUCCACAGAAGUUUCUAGGAUCUGACAUGAAGCUGGGCACCUGGACACUAACUAAUGCCCUCUCCUGGGAGAGGCUGAGGGACUGUGUGGACACCAUGUGGACAGCCCAGUUCUAGAAAGCAAGGCGCUGGAGGUAGGUGCUGAUAAAGGCCAAGGUUUUACCUGGGGACACCAUGGAGGAAAUAGCCCACCCUGGAGUCAGUCCAGCUUCUCCCGAAAACAGAUGAUGUGUCAGAGUUCACACAAAUACACAUCACCCAGAGGGAGCCCAAGGCCACCUAGCCGUGAAUUUCUCACCAGAAGGCCAGGGAGAUACCCAAAAGAGCCACAGAGUCAGAGAAUGACUCUAACCCCAACUUGCAGGCACUGUGGGCUAGCUGCCAGAGAAUGUCCCUGUGGCAAAAAGAAUCAACUGAGACAUAGGUCUCAGGGGGAGACAGUACGUUCCUGUAGUCGGCUGGGACAAGGAUGCAUUGUCCUGUCUGGUCUUUCUCAAGCCUGGUCUGGGAGCUACCCACUGUGACAUCUGGGGACAUCUACAGAGGACAAUGUCAACUUGAGUGGGGAAAUGGACUAAGUGACCCAUGCUUUUCCAGAGUAUAUUCUAGCCCCCCACCCCCAGUGUUCAGUGGAAGCCACUGGACUUGAGUCCCAGAGCUGGUCAGGGGUGGCACCGGGACUGUUAAGCAUCAGAGCAAAUAUAUUCAUAAUUAGAAUUCAUAUUUAAUAUAGAUGGAGAAAAUGCUGCAGCUGAAGCACAGAAUUGGUCGUGAAGAGUUGUACUUACAUCUUCAUCAAUAUCUACACACCCUGUUGUCUUACUCGGUGUUCUAUUGCUGUGAAGAGACACCAUGACCAAGGCAACUCUUGUAAAGGAAAGCAUUUGCUUGAGGCUAGCUUACAGUUUCAGAG